CUGGGAGACACUGAAGAUGAUCGACUGUCAUUUGUGGAGUACAGACAUUUCAGCACACUUGUAGACCAGCCCUAAUAACAGUCUUGCAGCCAUGACUUGCAUCCACCCCCAGCAUGGAUCUCAGCCCUUUGACAACAAUCUUGGCAGCUCGGAGCUCCAGAACGCAGACUUUAUCUCUAGGUUGACUGUGGAUAUGAGCAGCCCACGGGAUCACCUCUCUCCUCCGUCUCUGCCAAGUAUCAGCUCCCUGGUGGGCACUCAGGGGGGCGAUUUUGAUGCAUAUUCAUGCCAGUUCACUGCAACCCCUGCCCACAUCACGCCGCCAUCAGGCCAGGAGACGGCUCCAUUCAAACUAGAUGACCUCCAGGUUUACGGCUGCUACCCUGGAACGUUCACGCUGAGUUACCCGGAUGAGGCCGUUUCUCCCGGUGGGUCUGAUUAUUUUGGCAGCCCAGCAUCAGCCCCGUCUCCAUCAACCCCCGGUUUCCAGACUCAGCUUGCGCCCACUUGGGACUCAGCUUUUGGUCCUUACUCGCCCAGUCCAGGAUACUGGGGGACUGAGGAGACCUCAGUGCAACAUGCACCCUCUUUCUUCACAUUCAGUUCAGGGUCUGUGGAAGACAUGUCUCAUUUGGGUCAGCCUCACUUACGAGAGCAGGACCCUUUCACUUUGGCCCAUUCUCAUGCAUCUACACUCACCUUCCCUGCCUUGGCAAUGGAGCAGGCAUGUAGCCACGAUGGCACAGACCAGCUGGACGGGAGCUUAUCACCCAAAUUAAAAAGUCCGAAUGGAAACGAGGGCUGCUGCGCUGUGUGUGGGGACAACGCCUCCUGUCAGCACUAUGGGGUCCGCACCUGUGAGGGAUGCAAGGGGUUUUUCAAGCGUACAGUACAAAAGAAUUCCAAGUAUGUCUGCCUUGCCAACAAGGACUGUCCUGUGGACAAGAGGAGGCGGAAUCGAUGCCAGUUUUGCCGUUUCCAGAAGUGUCUAGCUGUGGGCAUGGUGAGAGAAGUUGUAAGGACAGACAGCCUGAAAGGACGAAGAGGUCGCCUGCCUUCCAAGCCUAAAGUUGUCCAGGACGUGACAAACACAGUGUCUCCAGUGAGCAUGAUCGCUUCACUUGUGAGGGCCCAUAUCGACUCGAACCCCAGUGUUGGGAAAAUGGAUUAUUCCAAGUAUGAUGAGACAGAAGUCAGUCCAAACCAGAAAGAGGAUGCAAAUGACAUCAAACAGUUCUACGACUUACUCACGACCUCCAUGGAGGUGAUCAGGAAGUGGGCGAAGAGCAUCCCAGGAUUCUCUGAUUUCUGCAUGGAAGACCAGGAACUGCUGCUGGAAUCUGCGUUUGUUGAACUAUUCAUCCUACGUCUUGCAUAUCGGUCCAAUGCUGAAAUGGACAAGCUCAUUUUCUGCAACGGGGCUGUGCUUCAUAAAAUGCAGUGCGUCCGAAGCUUUGGGGACUGGAUUGACUCUAUUUUGGAGUUUUCUCAAAGCCUCCAUCGCAUGAAGCUGGACGUCUCCUCCUUCUCCUGCCUCACAGCCCUGGUCAUAAUCACGGACCGACAUGGUCUUAAGGAAUCAAAACGCGUGGAGGACCUGCAGAACCAGCUCAUCACCUGCCUGAAAGAUCAUGUCUCUGGUUGCGCCUCCGACUCCUUGCGGCCCAAUUAUUUGUCCAGGCUGCUUGGGAAGUUGCCUGAGCUCAGGACUCUGUGCAUUCAAGGCCUCCAGCGCAUCUUUUACCUUAAAUUGGAAGAUUUAGUUCCUCCACCACCGAUUGUGGAAAAGAUCUUCAUGGAUACUCUUCCCUUUUAAGUGUGCAAUGUGAGACUGACCAUCGGUGGUGUAAAAUCUGGAGUUCAUAUGAGAACCAAAGAAAACAGACUGAAUGCUCGUACUUCGUGUUUUGCGUAAAGUGAACCUGCAAGAGACUAAGAAGAAUAAUUAACAAUUGUGCAGCUCCAGAGGAAAAGGGCUACUUGUGAAUUAUAAAGUGAAUGAUUUAUACAAUUUAUGUAAAAAAUCAACAAAAAAAACAUAUUUGUUGGGCAUCACUAGGAAAUUGUGUAUUUUCCAGAUGAAAUUAGACAAGCCAGCUCAUGGACCAAAAGGUGACUGUUUACAUACAACAAAGUGCCAUGAAUGGAAAAAUUUCUAAUGGAGGGAAGUAACAGUAACAGUAACAAAUCAAUACAAGUAAUAUCUGGAACGUCAUUUCAAGAAUGAAUUGAGCAUGAUUGUUUUUUUGUUUUGUUUGUUUGUUGCAAUCUUUUUGUUGUGAUUUGGAUGACUGUAAAUUGCACAUAAAAUAUCAGACAAAGCAUUAUCGUGACAUCUUUUGCUGAAGUAUUAAAAAUAUAUAUAUAUAUUUUUUUAAAUAUAUAUAGAUAUAUAGAUAUAUAUCUAUAUAUAUGUGUAUAUAUAUAGAUAUAUACUUCAGCAUGUUCAAACAAGCUUAGUAUGCUGAUGUUUUGUGAGUCUACACACAUCAACAUACGAAGCAUCAGUCCUUCAGCGCUCCAGGUUGCUUUAUAUUCAAUACAAUCAUGUAAUUUGGUGAUGAUUGAAUAGGUUAAACCUGCAGAAUUAUUCAGUAGUAUCAUUCAUGUAUCAUGAAUAGACAUUGAGCAGCUAACAUAUUGUGUAUCAUCCAGUACAGUCUUAUUCACUGGUCUUCUUUGUAAAUUAAUUUUGAAUUUGUUUUAAACCUGCUGGUGUUAUUGCCUCAUGAACUGUAUUUGACAGUCUGGGGAAAUGUAUUUUUGUUUUGUGCCUGUUAUUUUUACAUACUAAGCAAUGAUCUUUUAUUGCAGAUAAACAUGAAAUAAAAUGUAGAAAUGCAUA